GAGGGCCCGGGCCACCCUGGGCUGCACAUCCUGGGGAAGGGCCCGAGCCCCUCCGGGCUGCAUAUCCUGGGGAAGGGCCCGAGCAUCUCCGGGCUGCACUCCCUGAGGGAGGGGCCAAACACUUCGCAGAUGCCGCUAGCUGCAGAGGGCCGUGGCGCUUCCGCAAUGUCCACUGCCGCUGACACCCCUGCCGCAGUGAGCUGCGGUGCUUCAGCUGGCAUGAACCUGUUCAAGUGCACCUCCCUUGGUCUGCCAAAGGCAUCUGCUCCCUCUGUACGCCCUAAGCGUUCGGAAGGCCCCCUGGAAUUCCAGGUCCUGAGAGACAGUGAGAAUUCCAACUCCAUUACCAUUAUGGGCCUUGGCACCGCCCACGUUGCUCUCACCCUGAAGCCUCAGGAUCCUAUGGAGCAAAACGUCGCAGAAUUGUUGCAGUUUCUGCUGGUGAAGGAUCAGUCCAAGUACCCGAUUAAGGAAUCUGAAAUGAGGGAAUUCAUUGUUAAAGAAUAUCGCCACCAGUUCCCCGAGAUCCUCAGACGAGCAGCAGCCCACCUGGAGUGCAUUUUUAGGUUUGAACUGAAGGAGCUAGACCCCGAGGAGCGCACCUACAUCCUGCUCAACAAACUGGGACCUGUGCCCUAUGAUGGGCUAGAAGAUAUCCCCAAUGGGCCAAAGAUGGGCCUCCUGAUGAUGAUCCUGGGAAAGAUAUUCCUGAAUGGCAACCAAGCCAGGGAAGCUGAUAUUUGGGAGAUGCUCUGGCGAUUCGGGGUGCAGCGUGAAAGAAGGCUCUCUGUGUUUGGGAACCCGAAGAGACUUCUCUCGGUAGAGUUCGUGUGGCAGCGUUACCUGGACUACAGGCCCAUAACUGACUGUGGACCUGUAGAGUAUGAGUUUUACUGGGGCCCGCGAUCUCACAUCGAAACCACCAAGAUGAAAAUUCUGAGGUUCAUGGCUAGGAUCUAUAACAAAGAUCCUAUGGACUGGCCAGAGCAAUACAAUGAAGCGCUGGAAGAAGAUGCUCUCAGAAACGCUGAAGAUGAUUGGCGGCCUGUCGCUCCCUUUAGGAGGCCCUUUUUUGAGGAAGUUCCUCCAGAGCUCCUGGCUCCUGAUUCAGAUGCUCCUGGCUAUUCCUCAAAAUAUUCUCCCCAUUCAUGGCCUGAGUCAAGAUUAGAGAGCAAGUCAAGGAAGCUGGUCCAGUUAUUUCUGCUGAUGGAUUCAACUAAGCUGCCUAUACCAAAGAAAGGAAUUCUGUAUUACAUCGGUCGAGAGUGCAGCAAGGUGUUCCCUGACCUCCUGAAUCGUGCUGCUCGCACCCUAAACCAUGUGUACGGCACCGAGCUAGUGGUCCUUGAUCCCAGGAACCACUCCUACACCCUGUUCAACCGAAGAGAAAUGGAAGAUACUGAAGAAAUUGUGGACAGUCCAAACAGGCCCGGCAACAACUUCCUAAUGCAGGUUCUAAGCUUCAUCUUUAUAAUGGGCAACCAUGCCCGGGAGUCGGCAGUCUGGGCCUUUCUGAGGGGCUUGGGAGUUCAAAAUGGAAGAAAGCACGUGAUUACCUGCAGGUAUUUGAGCCAGCGCUACAUAGACAGUUUGCGAGUUCCCGACAGUGAUCCAGUGCAGUAUGAUUUUGUCUGGGGUCCUAGAGCCCGCUUGGAAACCUCCAAGAUGAAAGCCCUGAGAUAUGUGGCCCGAAUCCACAGGAAGGAGCCUCAGGACUGGCCAGAGCAGUACAGGGAGGCCCUGGAAGAGGAGGCCAAUAGGGCUGACGCCGGGAACCGGGCACUGGUUGUCCGCAACUUUCGAAGAUGACUGUGUGGCAGUCAAAGUGGCCUUGUAUGGCCGGGCCUAAAGCCCUGGUUCUCACAUAUUGGGGUUGGGGGGGGGGUUACAUAUCGUGUUUGAUAUUUGUGUUCCAGUUCCAUUCGUGUAUUUUCAUAUUUAGUUCUUGUUUGGUAUCUUGAAAAGUUUCAAUUGUUUUAAUAAUAUUGUCCAGUAAUGUAAAUGUGAUUGACCACUUGUGUCUCUGUUGUACUUUGCUAUAAGAGUUUUGAUAGUGUUGUAAAAUGUUUUGGGAUUCUUUCCAUCUUGUUGCAUUGUCUAAAAGAUAAUAUAUAGCAUAUAGCUAUAGAUAUAGGCUUUUCCUUGAAAGCUUGAAAAAAAUCAUCAGUAAAGUGAUCUAGCUUCAGAUGUUAAACAAAUAUACAACAACUGACAAAGCACUAAAUUGUGGCUGGCUUCCCUUUCUGUCUGCUAUUGUGUAAACAAUACUAAUGUUUACCUGUAUUUGCUUUGCUGUACUAAAAUGUAUUGAAAAAUAAAGGUGUGAUAAAUCAAAGUUAA